CUCUAUUAGCCCAACCCGACAAAUGUGGUAUCACAGCCCACGUGUUGGGCAUCAACAGAAAGCCCAGGAUCUCACAUAGAGUGUUUAAAUGGUGCAAAGCCAAUCAACCGUCAACGCCCACAUUCCAGCAAGAACGUUCACACGUCCUUGGAUGCAAGCUGCCGUUAAACUCGCCUGAAGAAGUAGAAGACCACUACGUCCAAGAACUGGUGAAAUUUUGCAGGAUGUAUCCAACUGGUGGAUCAUUUCGGGGUUCCAGAGGAACUUGUAUUGAACAAAUGCUCAAGAAGAAUUCGCCACCAACAUCAGGACCAACCCGAUCACCAUCUAACAUGAAUGUUGGCUUUGACCAGCAAGUGAAAAGCACUUUUAAACCUGGUCAUGAUGGAAGACCAAAAGUCUCUCCUAAAAUACUGAUUGAAAGAUACAAGAAUGGAGAGACGAAUGCUAUAUCGUUGCUCCAUCAGCUUGCCCAGACUUUGCAGUUCCAUCUGGAAAUGAAGGAGACAGUAGCCCCAGCCAAUACUACGGGGCUUUAUUUUGCCUUUUGUGCUGUGAUCGAUGGAGUGCAGUACAAGACUGGUAUAGGGGUAACAAAGAAGGAGGCUCGUCUGAAUGCAGCGGAGCUCGCUUUUCAGGAUCUGCUGCCCACCCUGGAGAGUCUGAAAUCUGCACUUCCUGAAGCAUCAUCUUUGGAUGUCCCUGCACCCCUGCCAGUAAAAGAGGAGCCCGCCAUUUCUGAUAUCCAUGCUUGUAGAGCCAUGCUCGAAAGGAAGGCAUUUGUCAAUCUUCAGAUUCCACAUGCUGUCAGGGAUCAGCUCACGAAACUGAUGAAUAGUCACCCAGAGUUCUCCGGAUGUGCAGGCACCACGGCAGCAUUCAUUCUUCAGACUUCCAAUGAAUAUGAAGUGGUUGCUCUUGGGACCGGUAAUUUUAAUACAAAAGAGAGUAUCUCAUCGAACGGGAGGAUUGUGCAUGAUUCACACGCAGUCGUCACAGCAAGAAGAUCUCUUAUGAGGUUCCUGUACCGGCACCUGCUGAUGUUUUUCAGCAAAAAUGCAAGUCUCACUGAGAAGUCAAUCUUCCAGCAAAGCAGCAGCAGCAGCUUCCUCAGCCUGAAGAGUGGUGUAACUCUUCACCUCUAUGUCAACCAACUGCCAAAGGGUGCUGCUCAGAUCCCUUCCAAACUGCGCCUGAACCCACUCUCCAUGUCAGCAUGGCAAGUUAACAACGAGAUCAGCCUACACCUGUCUGUGGAGGGCAAGGUGUUCUCGGUUUUCUCGUCACUCCUUGAUCACUCUAACUCCAAAGUUGUCAGCAUGUCCACAACAGACAAGAUCACUCAGUGGCAGGUCCUUGGAUACCAGGGAGCCUUGCUUAGCCACUUUAUCGAGCCCAUCUAUGUCCACAGCAUCCUCAUAGGUGACUCUGACUGUAGUGAAAUUCGUGGCAUGGAGAUGUCUGUCAGCCAGCGUGUAGAGGGCAUCACCUCCAACCUGCCCAUGUUCUAUUGCAUGAUGAGGCCUCACAUUAGCCUGGUGCCAUCUGUGGCUUCCAGCCGUGCAGGCGGUAACCAGCUGACCUACGGUAUCAACUGGAGCGAGGGAGACAGCUCCCUGGAGGUUGUGGAUGGUCUGGAGGGCAAGACCAUAGAGGACUCUCCCUUUAAGAGUGGAUCUGCCCUAGCGAGCCGUCUGUGCAAAGCAGCGAUGAUGCACCGCUUCAGGUUGGUGGCCAAAGAGGCUCAGAGGACGGACCUGCUGGCCACAAGUACCUACAGAGAAGCAAAGAUGAUGGCGAAGCCAUACCAGGAAGCCAAGAAUGUACUGCGGGCGUACCUGUUGCAGAAGGGCUUUGGUUCCUGGCAAGACAAGGUUUUGGUUAGUGAUAACUUCAGCAUGUGAAUAAUGUUACAACAUUAAAGAAGAAUGUUGAUCAAUAAUCAGUUGUGUUCAAAAUGUUCAGCCUACUUUUCAUUUGCACCACUUGCUGCAUGUUGGUUUCAGAAUUUGUUUUUCAAAAUACAUUUAAAGAUUUGUUGAAAAUAAUUUGAAGCACCCAACAUAUAAUAUUGCACCACAACUGGUCUUUAGUUUUGCUUCUUUCAGUUAAUACAUAUACUGUAUAUUAAGUACAUUCUUUCUUUAUUUGCACUGGUUCAUAUACUGUAUCUUUUGUGAUGGAAAUGGCCAUAGAGCUUAGGACAGAAAAAAUAAAAGUAUGUCAACCAAA